CGGACGAGCUGGCUUUCCGGGUGACAAAGGAACAAUGGGGAUUCCUGGAAGAAUGGGGUUAAAGGGCGACGCUGGGGAAAAGGGAGCACCAGGGGAGCCAGGCCUGUCCAUCAUUGGCCCACGAGGACCCCCUGGACAGCCUGGAACAAGAGGAUUUCCCGGAUUCCCGGGGCCAAUCGGAUUGGACGGAAAGCCGGGCCAAAGUGGACUGAAGGGAGACUUGGGUCCACGAGGUCUGAAAGGAGUUCCAGGUGAACCAGGCCCUAAGGGAGAGAAGGGUGUAUGCGGAGAUUAUUCUCACAGGAAACGGCGCAUUGUGCACAGCUGUGCCGGAGGAGUGGCCACACAGGGCGAGCCCGGAUUGCAAGGGCCCCCAGGACCUCCGGGCCCCCCAGGGACCGCAGGGCCAGCUGGCACGAAUGGAUUACCGGGAAAACCUGGUGAACCAGGAAAGCCAGGGAAAGACCCAAGGAUGUUACCUGGACUGAAGGGUGAACCGGGCGUACCAGGGCUGAAGGGAGACCGUGGUGACGCUGGCCCCGAAGGUCCCCCAGGUCCUCAGGGACCAAAGGGAGAUCAUGGGUUCAAGGGUGAGAAGGGGGAGCCCAGUACAGGAGGAAGUGGAAUCAAGGGAGAACCUGGUCUGCCAGGACUUGCUGGACCCUUGGGACCCAAGGGUGACAAAGGGGAUGCAGGUGUAACGGGGGGGUCAGGACCAGAGGGACCAGCUGGGCCUAGAGGUCCUCCUGGUCCAAUGGGCGAACCAGGGAAAUCUGAAAUUAAUGACUACAAUGGCAACUUCAACGAUAAAUUCCUGGAUAUUCACAAUGUGCCUCUAAUGGGUCCCCCUGGACUACCUGGUCCACCUGGGGCUCCUGGUACAUCUGGUUCAAAGGGUGAAGUUGGAUUGCCAGGCCCUCCAGGUCAUGAUGGCGAAAAGGGCCCCCGUGGAAAGCCAGGAGAGACGGGGCCUGAGGGGCCCCCAGGCGCUGAGGGGCCCAAAGGGGAUGCCGGUGUCAGGGGCUUCGCCGGGCCGAAGGGCAAUAAGGGGGACACAGGCCCCGGCGGAUCUCCAGGAUUAGAUGGCCCUACUGGUGAAAAGGGGGUGGCAGGCCCAUCCGGUCCCAUUGGAUUACCGGGCUCGAUGGGUCAGAAGGGCGAAGCUGGAGAGAAGGGAGGGAGGUCAGAGAUGGUCCAUGGGCCUCCUGGGCCGCCAGGACCACUAGGACCAUCUGGCCCCAUGGGACCUCCAGGACUACCAGGGCCAAAGGGGGAGCCAGGUAUUGGCAUCAAGGGGGAGAAAGGAGGACUUGGACUGAAGGGAGAGAAAGGAGACAGGGGCCAUCUUGGACUGCCCGGUCUGAUUGGACCGGUGGGGGUUUCAGGGCCAGCAGGACCAAAGGGGGAGAGGGGUGACAAAGGAGAUACAGGAUUUCCAGGACCAAUUGGGCCACAAGGCCUCCCUGGUUUAGUAGGACCACAUGGAUUGAAAGGAACCCGGGGUUUCCGUGGCUUUAAGGGGGACAAAGGUGACCCGGGCUCACCAGGCCUGGAUGGGCUGGAUGCCCCUUGCUCUGUGGGUGAGGAUGGGUUACCUGUACCCGGCUGUUGGAAUAAAGCGGACCCUCAGCAUCCUUUCCUGUUGGCCAAGUAACGGCGAAGGAAGAACUGCUCGGAAAAGAUUCAUAUAAUGCUGCGUGUGGAAACUUGAAGAAAUUCUGAGAUAUCGUUGAAUUUUCAUUUUGCGGGCGCCCUUUUGAAGAUUUUCGAAUGUUCCCAGUGGACGUACGAGCCUGUAAUUCUGGACACUCCAGAGGAUGGCAGCAGAGGGCAGACUGACUUCAACAAUACUUUUUUUUUGUUAUAUUCAUUUGGCUGUUGAAGACAUCACAAAUGAAAAGGGAUCGAGGACCGGCGUUACAGAUGCAUUUCUUGAGUUUUUGUAUGCUUUUUUAUUUUAUUCACUAUGUGAAAGAAACCUGAACUUUUUUUAUAGUGUUCUUCCUGUAGUGUUUAUUCAACACUAACGACUGUGAUCCCAGAAUUCUGUGCGGCUCACAAAACACAAACGCCUUGUGGCGUAAGUGCGUGAGUUUUUUCGCCAGAAAUUGAUUUUGAUGAUUCCUGACUUGAUUCUCUCACUGCCAUCCAUGACUGACCUGGGGCAUCAGGCCGUAACUUGAUGCCUUUAUUUCAGGACAUGAUGUCAUAUUGUACCAACAGAAAUGCGUAUGUAUAUACCCUCACUGAGCACUUUAUUAGGUAGACCUGUACACCAGCAUGUUAAUGCAAAUAUUUCAUCAGCCAAUCAUGUGGAAACAUCUAAAUGCAUAAAAGCAUGCAGACAUGGUCAAGAGGUUCAGCUGAUUUUCAGACCAAAUGUCAGAAUAGGGAAGAAAUCUGAUCUGAGUGACUUGGACCGUGGAAUGAUUGUUGGUG